AUGCGUUUUGGCAUCCGUACCUUGCGAGGCAUCAGUGAAGAGCGCGGAUCGUCGCCUCGUGCGGUCAAGGAACUGAGAGAUGAAAACGCAGACUUGAAGAGACAAAUCGCCAGUCUUCAGAGGGAGUUGGGAUUGCAACACGGGACGGGUGAAAGUGAAGGAUACACUCGCACCUUCGUCGGGGCUUCCGGGGGCUCAUCACUGACUUCCACUUCAUCAUGCGUGUUGCCUCUGCCACCGCUGUUUACAACUAACCAUUACCCAAUUCUCUCCCGGCAUUCACGUUUACAGGCCCUAUCAAGCCUUGUUUUUACAAGUUUCGGACUCCAGACCUACGACCCCGCCGAUGAGCUCGAUGAUCAGGAUCAGGACCUGGACCAGGAUGAGACGCCCUCGACCAGACCGACAAACCGGCUAGCUGGCCAUGAAGUAUUCACGACGACCAAUUUCGAAGCCAUACCAAGCUUGGAAGAAACCUGCGGCAUCAUAAGGUCACUCCUCGAAUCGGCUAAACAUGGUCCUAGCAAUCUGGACAAGAUCAUUGAACAGACACAGCUUGAGGAAGAUUGUCGCUUGGUGUAUGGUCCCAACGGGCUCCUGGCUCCUGAGUUUGCGAAAAAUCGAUUUCGAUGCUUCAUCACAGUGUACCUGGCAAUGUGCAUGACCGCGGCCGUCAAUGGUGAAGACAUCACAGCAGAUGCUCGUGCAAUGGCCUGUCGCUCUGUUGGCAUGAGAGAGCUGCCGUCGGUGAUAUCAAGGGAGGACCUGGUCUGUGUUGAGGCCUUGACGCUUCUCUGCGAACUGGCCAUCCACGAGCCCAACGGCUCAAGCCUGUGGCAGUUGGUUGGCUUGACCGGACGGACCGCCGUUGCCAUCAAUCUUCAUCGCCGCGAUGAUAUCUACAUGCCAACGACAUAUCCUUCUUGGCCUGCUUGCGACGAGGAUCUUUCCGUAGUAUCUGCGCGAAAUCGACGACGUAAAGACUUAUUUUGGGCGUUUUACAGCCUAGAUAGGCUGACCAUGUUCACGCUGAACCGCCCAGCGUCUAUCAAAGACGAGGACAUUGACGUUGAUUUACCCCCAUUGACUAUGUGGCCGGAGGGUAAAUAUGCCACUGCUUCAAGCGAGGCACUUUGGGUUCAUCACCUCCAAGCCAGGAGACUCUACGGCCAGAUCCAAGGCUCGCUAUAUGCGGCGUCGAAGUCAGGUGAACGCGAUUCAGCCUCUCAACCAGAGGAAAUAGUAGCUCGAUAUGUUCAUCAAGUGCAGCAAUGGUACAUGUGGAGUAGAUUCAAUGCCACUGUUGUGCCGUUCUCAGACGACAGCGUCAAGAGACAUUUACUCGACGACAUACAAUACCACCAAAUAAUGAUGGCUCUUCAUCAGCCUUCGCCGCUCAUUCCCAGAGUUUCAUCCACUUUCAUAGCCACGCUCAAGAGAUCGGCCAGCCUUUCUGUCAACCUCUUCCACCAUUCAGCCUCAAGGAAACAACUCAACGUGCACUGGGUCAACUUGUAUCACUUCUUCACCUCGUGCGCUAUACUCAUCUACUGCUUUCGCGAACACCAGAUUCGACCUGAUCUUGUAGCCGUACCGGAUGAUGAAGUGGCAGAGGCGGUGGCUCGAUGUCAACAGACACUGCACCUGUUUCGGGGAGCCAGUACAUUCCUUGUUGAGCGAUAUGGGGCGAUUCUUUCCAGGAUCAUUCAAGCUUUCGAGUUACAGAAGCAGCAGCAGCCAGAAAAUCCCACAGAAGAAACCAGGUCGCCGUCUGAUGACAUUGAGCCACCCACUGGUCAAUCUCAACCUGAUUCGGGCCAAGGCUCGGCGUUUGAUAUCGACAUGAUAAUGAAUGGCCUUCUUCGGGAAGGACAGUUUCCAAAUAUAACAUCCUCGCCGACCUUUGCUGAGCAAGGCAUGUCGAGCGAGCUGGCGAGCUUUAUGCUUCCCGAUGCGUGGACAGCUGCGCCAAGUCACCACCCAAAGAACUCGAGCAUGGAAGCACAACCACAGAGCGACAUUGAUGGAAACAUUGGAUCAGUGUAG